UCUAGGAACAACACUUGCCGUUGCAUCAAACGACAUCUUCGCUUGAAAUUUUCCAGAAAAUACCCUCUGCUAUACUCGUUGAUUGCCAAACCAAAAACUUAAUAUUUUUGGGAGCAGGGCAUACGCGGGGCGGGUACUAGACUAAGGUUAGUCUAGUCUAGCCGCGAUUCCAUAACGACUACUAUAUCGCACGGCGUUGCCUUCGCGACCAAAACUGUUCUCACCACAAUAUUCCUCCCAGUCAAGAUUGCAUUGGAAUGGAAAUUGACGCAGUACUGCACUGCAAUAAUACAUAACAUUCUCGGCACGAGAGAAGUUUAACAGCCCAGGAAUGCCUGGUUGUAUUUCUAUGCUUGCGAACAACUACAACAAAAUGGUGUAGAGAGCUUCGAAUUGGUCACAAAUUGUCUCCCGAAUAAGAUGGUGAAGCCCAAUGAUGUUAUUGCAUUAGUCAUCGCCUUGCACAUAGUCAUCGUCAUAGUCUGCUCGUUGGUGCUGUUUCGCCUGGUAAGCAUCACCACUGUGGGAGGGUCCAUAGCCACUACAUCGGAGAAAAGUCUCGAAUCCUAUGAGUCCUUAUCGACUAUAUCAACCCCACCAAUUCCUACAGGUCCGGUUCCUCGGCCAUCGGGAAUCAAUAACGAACGGUCAUCGGGAAUCAAUAAUGAACGGACAUCGGGAAUCAAUAACGAACGCCCAUCAGUAUCUCGCGGCCCUGGUGUGCAUGGAGGCGUUUUCAAUGAAGGGACUGGGAGUCGGGUUGAUCCUAGAUCUGAACAUGGAGGAAGAGUCAAUGUAGCUGGGAUCAAUCCGAAUGGAGUUGGGGGCAGAGUGAAUAUACUGCCGGAAAGAAACCCAGGAGGCAGAGUCAACACAGUUGGAACAAAUCGAAACAGCGUUGGGGGCAGGGUGAACGUACCGGUCGAAAGAAACCCAGGAGGGCGAGUCAAUAAUCCAUGAUCUCACCCAUCGAUUCGCUUGUAGAGAGAUCUCGACAGCAGCGGCGUUGCGCGAAAAGACACAAAUAUUUGUCCUAACCGUCCGAUCAGUGAGAGGAUAUCACCUUGUAUGUCAAGAACUUAAACACGAGUGCUUGUCGGUCUCUUUUCAAAAUCUAUCGAAAUCUUGAAAGUAAAAAAGUUCGACCGUCGCUCCAAAUCAACACUGCUGGCACAUGCUCAACCACAAGAUUUAAUUCCUAGGCCAAAUCGAUUGAGUAGGCGACAGGCUAUCACGGUCAGACUACUAUACAGGCUACAGGUGAAUACUUAUCUACCUUAGAGACCCAAAACUUACGCAUCUCAAACAAAUCGAGCCUAUUUAAGAACAUUUCAAUAAGUAACUAUAAAGAUAUAGCCAAUCCGUCGGUGCUGACGCAUAAUACAUA